GUGUUUAAAAGGGGCACAGUGGUGAAUGAUUUUAGUUAGAGAGAGAGGAUCUUCUCAUCUUCCUUCCAAAACCACCUCUUCCCGCAACGCCCGUUUUUGUUCAUCGCCACCGCUUAUGGCGGAGAAACCUACCAGAACCACCGCCACCGCCACUAACAUUAGUUUGGAGGCCAGCAAAGCCGACAAGCACGUCUGGUUGAUGAAAUGCCCUCCCAUCGUCUACCGCGUCUUACAGCACCAACACUCUGCUCCUCUUCCUCCGCCCAUCUCCGACUCCUCCGCCCUUCCCUCUGAGAGGCCCGUCGCCAAAGUCAUCGUCGCCGUUGAUGCCAUUGAUAACUUCGACUCCACUGAGUUUACAAUGGAGUUGGCUGGUACCGAACCUGGAAACAUACCGAAGUGCUAUUCUAUGGACAUGUCGACAGACUUUAUUCCAAUGUCCAUAUUUUCUGAAUCAGUACAGGGAAGGCUUUCUGUGGAAGGGAAGAUCUAUCACAAGUUUGAUAUGAAGCCUCACAAUGAAAACAUUGAAAACUAUGGCAAACUAUGCCGUGAAAGGACAAACAAGUAUAUGACCAAAAGUAGACAAAUACAGGUUAUUGACAAUGAUAAUGGAAAACAUAUGAGGCCAAUGCCAGGGAUUUUUGCUGCUCCAAAGCCUUCUUCUGGAUCUGCAGAAAAGAAGAAAGCACCUACAAAAGGAUCGGAACUGAAGAGAACACGAAAAGACCGUGAUGAGAUGGAAGAAAUCAUGUUUAAGCUGUUUGAGAGGCAGCCAAAUUGGACACUAAAACAACUUAUUCAAGAGACGGACCAACCAGAGCAAUUCCUGAAGGACAUGCUUAAACUGCUGUGUGUCUACAAUAACAAAGGCACAAACCAAGGAACUUAUGAGCUGAAGCCUGAGUACAAAAGAUCAGAAGAUUCUUAGAUUGAUUUUAUCUAUUAUCCAUCCAUCCAUCCAUCCGACUUCUUCUUUUUCUUUGGAUUCCUUUUUUUUUUUUUUUUUUUGGCAAUUUGAUUUUGUAAAUAACUUAAUUCUUCUGUACAAAGAGGGGGGAAUUAAACUGAACAACAAAUUGUUUUUGCUUC